CAGAGAAGUCCAGGCAGUAGACGGGUACUGGGUAUCUGUGGACGCGGCGGAGGAGGAGCAGGUUAGAGAUAGGGGAAGCAGAUAGCCAGCUAGCUGAGCGCGGAGCAGAUGAGGAGGCGGUUGCCGCUGCUAGCGUCAUCAUCGUCCAGAUUUUUUCCAUUCUCCCUCUCGCCGUUGAGUGAUAUGGUGAUGCUGCCAUUUCAGAGAUAAAACGAAAUUAUCUUUGACCCAGGCCAGACGGAUUGGAGAUUGUUGCUCACGCCGGCGUACACACACCGCUCAGGCAGGACUAUCCCCUCGCAGUGUGGUCACUUCUUCAGUGUGUGCCGUUGCCUGUCAAUUUCUGCGCUCUGGAAAUUGUUUUCUUCGAGGAUCAUUUGGUAAAAAACGGGUGUUAAGAUCAUUUUACGCUUGGAAAUUGCGCGUUGGAGUCGGACUCAGCAAGAAGAUGGAUUUACAUCAGUAGGAAACGUGGGAAGGCGAUUUCCGGCUGGUGUUUUGUACCUUGCAGGGGUCCUGCAUGAGGGGGGGGGAAAUCCGGAGGAACGGAUGCCCGUCAGGGACAAGUUAGUCACCAGGGGGAACAGUUAAAGGAUCUCGCAGGACAAGGGCAACACCUGGGCUAGCUGUUGUCUUCCUCCCGUCCACCCACAUGCAGGCAAGAAGACAGUCUCCUGAGAGGUGAAAAAAAAAAAAAAAAACCAAGAAAAAUUCUGCAGGCGAGUUUGAUGAAAAGUUGCCAGGAUGGAUGGAUUCAAGAGCUGUUGCUGAGGCUCCCUAGCUGACAGCUACUCCCACCGAGGGCCUCAACCGUGGGCUAUUUUAGGAGGAAUUCACUCACCAAGGAGGUAGAUAAAUGUGAGGGCCAAUGCCUUUCCAGUUACCCCCUCCUAAAUGCGCAAUAAGCUAUUCAUUGUCUGUGAAUGUUUGAUCGUGCCAACUUGGUUUGCCGAAGGAAAGAAGAGAUUUGAUUACAACUGAGCUGCGAGCUGCAGCGUACAGUACUGUACUUGUCGUCAACGGUGCUUGCUCUGAACACAGACGACGCAGACGGUUUCAGCAUUCCAAGUUGUGGACGGUGCGAUAGUUGACUGGGAACUAAUGUGUUAGGAACUUCUUCUCAUCAGGCUGGAGCUCCACCCAUCCUUCUGCCAUCAUGGCCAAGUUGUACGACUUCCAGUGGCAGAUUACUGUACCCGAUGGGCUGCUGAAUGGAGCCACAUUUGACCGCUAUGAUGAGGAUUCGGGCACCGUCGAGCAGAACUGUUUCUUCCGAGUGGAUGAGUAUGCCUUCUUCAUCAUCUGGAAGAGCGAAGGAAGGGAAGGCCAGGGAUUGGAACUUUCUCAAAUCAAUGACGUCCGCAAAGGCAUUGCUCCCAAGGAGGCAAGUUACCUGAGCAAAGUGGGGCCCAUCUUGGACCCCUACGCCAAGGGAAACGUGGAGGACCGGACCAUCACGGUGUGCAGCGGGUUGGACCUGGUCAACAUCAACUACAUGCACAUGGUGGCCUCCACAUCCGAACUGGCUCAGGAGUGGUUUGAUGGUCUCCUGAAGAUCACGCACAACUUCAAGGCCAACAAUGUGUGCCCAAUGACGAGUCUAAUGAAGCAUUGGAUGAAGAUUUGCAUUCAGGUAAAUCCGAGUGGCAAUAUACCGGUGCGCAACCUCACCAGGACCUUCGCCUCAGGCAAGACGGAGAAGAUCGUCUUCAAGUCUCUGGAGGAACUUGGGCUCCCCUCAGGAAAGAAUGAUGAGAUAGAUCCUCAGACAUUCCCUUUUAGCAAAUUCUAUGAUCUCUACCACAAGAUAUGCCCCAGGACAGACAUAGAAGAUCUCUUCAAACAGAUAAGCAAAAGCAGCCAAGAGGGCCUGACGGUCAGCGAACUCAUCGAAUUCCACAACGACAAGCAGCGAGACCCCCGGCUCAACGAAAUCCUCUUCCCAUUUUAUGACCGCGAGCGCAUCCUCAAGAUCAUCCAGACCUACGAGAAGGACCCAGAGUUUGUCAAGAGAGAGCAACUUAGUGUAGACGGCUUGUGCCGAUACCUUAUGUCCGACGAGAAUGCGCCUGUGUUCCUGGAUCGUCUAACCCUGUACCAAGACAUGGACCAGCCCCUGUCCCAUUACUUCAUCAAUUCAUCCCACAACACGUACCUGACUGGCAGGCAGUUUGGUGGCAAGUCCUCGGUUGAGAUGUAUCGGCAAGUGCUGCUGGCCGGUUGCAGGUGUGUGGAGCUAGACUGUUGGGAUGGAAGGAACGAGGACCAAGAACCAAUCAUAACGCACGGCCUGGCCAUGUGCACAGACAUCAAUUUCAAGGAUGUAAUUAUGGCCAUUCGUGACACGGCCUUUGUGACAUCGGAAUUUCCAGUGAUUCUCUCCUUUGAGAACCACUGCACUAAGUUCCAGCAGUACAAGCUGGCUAAGUACUGCGAGGAGUACCUCGGGGAAUACCUGCUGCAGGAGCCACUCCCAGAUCAUCCGUUGGAGGCUGGUACCCCUCUUCCUUCACCGAACAAGCUCAAGAGGAAAAUUCUCAUCAAAAACAAGAGACUCAAACCAGAAGUUGAGAAGAGACAACUGGAGCAGCUCCGACUAAAACCGGGCACCAUCAUGAACUUAGAAGAUGAAGAAGACGAGGAACCAGAAUCAGACAGCGAUUCGGAGGAUGAUGUCCAACCACCAUCUGCUAGUGCAGCCAACAAACGCACGCGCAGACAAUCCAAGCAAUCCGACACACAGGAUAACGAGGAAGAAAACUCAGAGGAAACGCCAUCGGAAGAGACCGCAGAAGACAAAGAAAAGACAGGUCCACAACCUGUGGAUGCCCACCCAGAGCUCAAGUCCCCACCAGGCACCAACAAGAUCGGGUCGACGGCGGACUUGGAGAGCGUCGCAGGGGAAACCGCCAAGGCAUCUGGGGAUGCUACUACUAAGCCAGCGACUCCAGCCCCAGUGGAGAAGGACACGCCGGUCAGCACGCCGGAAACAGCAGAACCUGUCAAGCUCAAACCGUCGCUCAGCAUGAAGAACAGUAACAAAAAGAACCUCUCCCGAGUGCAGCUACUCGAUUCCAGAGCUGAGGCCAAGGCCGAAGCCAAAGCCCUUGCCGGGGAAAACUUACAGGGUGUUGAACAGCUGUCGCAGGAUGAGGAAGCCGCCAUGGUGGCCAACUACCGGUACACAGGAGCCACCACCAACAUCCACCCCUUCUUGUCUGCUCUCGUCAACUAUGCACAGCCGGUCAAGUUCCAAGGCUUUGAUGUAGCUGAAGAACGGAGUUUUCAUUUCAAUAUGUCGUCCUUCAAUGAGGCAGUUGGCUUGGGCUACAUUAAGACAAGCUGUAUAGAAUUUGUCAACUACAACAAGCGUCAGAUGAGUCGGAUCUACCCCAAGGGAGGCCGCUAUGACUCCAGCAACUACAUGCCGCAGAUCUUCUGGAAUGCCGGCUGCCAGAUGGUGGCGCUGAACUUCCAGAUGCCUGACAUCGGCAUGCAGCUCAACCAGGGCAAGUUUGAAUACAACGGCUCGUGCGGGUACUUAUUAAAACCGGACUUCAUGAGGCGACCCGACAAGUCCUUUGACCCCUUCUCAGAAUCACCAGUGGACGGAGUGAUCGCUGCCACUUGUUCUGUCAGGGUCAUCUCAGGGCAGUUUUUAUCGGACAAGAAAGUAGGCACCUACGUUGAGGUUGACAUGUACGGGUUGCCGACGGACACCAUACGGAGGGAACAUAGGACCAAGACAGUACCCAACAAUGGAUUGAAUCCAGUGUACAACGCUGAACCCUUUGUAUUUAGGAAGGUUGUAUUACCAGAUUUGGCUGUUCUGAGAAUCGCCGUCUAUGAGGAAAACGGGAAGCUGAUUGGUCAGAGAAUAUUACCCCUGGAUGGCCUGCAAGCCGGCUAUCGACACAUAUCGCUGCGGACGGAAGGCAACUUCCCUCUGUCUCUACCUACGGUCUUUUGCUGCAUUCAGCUCAAGACUUAUGUACCGGAUGGUCUAGGAGAUUUUGUGGAUGCGUUGUCCAAGCCGAUGGAAUAUUUGUCUCAAGCAGAGAAGCGAGCCAAACAGAUGCAGUCCAUGGGCAUUGAAGAGAAUGACAUCAGCGAAGUGCCAGUGGCAGGGAAGAAGAACAGCAAAGCGACCCUGAGGCAGGGUGCUAAAUCCCCCACCACUCCCACCAACACCAUGAACAGCUUUGCACCAACCACCAACUCUGUGAUGCCGUGUCUAUCAACAGACACACUACAGAAGGACAAGGUCUACCAAAAAGUCCUGAAGAAACAAAGCAAGGAGAUUGAGACCUUGCAGAAGAAACAUUCCAAGGAGUGCACAUUAGUGAAAAAGUCUCAUGACACGGUGGUCGAUAAGAUGACGGGAGCCCAUGACAAGGAGAAACUCAGUGAGGAGAAGUCACUGGAGAAGGCUAUUAAGAAGAAGGGGGAGAGCAACUGUGGCGAUCUGAAGAUUGAGACCGAGAACAAGGUACAUUCUAUUGUCAAGGUUCAUAAGAUGAGGGUGAAGGGCGUGGUGUCGGAGCAGAACAAGGAGUGGUGCAAGAUCACGGCACGUCAGCAGGCCGAGAUGAACGACCUGAAGGAGAUGCACGUCCACCAGCAGUGCGACGUCCUCCGGAAACUGAUGACGCAGAAGCAGACGGACCAACGCAAGACCCUGGAAGGCAAGCACUCCAGGGAAAUGAAGGAGCUUGAAGCAAACCAGAUCAAGACGUCGAUGGAAUCCAGAAAGUUGGUCAGUCACGACAAGAGCAUCAAGAAUAAGGCUGAGAAAGAGAGGAGAAUUCGAGAAUUGCAAAGCAACAGUCUGAAGAAAUUCAUGGAAGAGAGGAAGAGAUUACAAGUGAGGCAGUCCAAAGAGAUUGAUGAGUUGACAGCUGAGCACAGCAAGCAGAUGGACUUACUCAUCAGGGCAAAUGAGGAGAUGAUUGAAGCGCACAAGGCCAAGUUGAAAGAGACCAAUAACUCCAACAGCAAAGUUGAGGCUGUCGUAUGAGACCUGACCUUUGACCCUUGACACUGAAAUGACGUUACCAUGAAACGCCCCAGUCUAGUCUGUCACUUCCCCCCCCCCAGCCACACACUCCGUGAAACAGGUGCAACAUGAGAAGGGAACAUGACGUAUUUCAAAUCAAUCUUUUAAUUUUGCCCUGAACGUGGCUCAUUUCUCAUAUUUUCUACAAGUAUUUUAGGGAUGCAGAGUUUGUCAACAUAAUUAUGCUGACUGUUUCUGAUCUGUUUCCAGCAUGGUGUUUUUUCUUCAAAAAAUGUUUUGAAAUUUUUGUAGAAACUUUCUUAGAGGCAUCACAGAUGUUUUAGUGAUGGAGUUUUGUGAGGGUUAAAGAGGGCAUUUGUAGGAAAAAUUUUACCUUGAGAUGUCUAUUUAAAAAUAACUUAUAAAAGAAAUUUGUCAUUGAAAUUAGCCUUUAUGUGUUCACAGAGCUUCAUGUAUGCUGGCUUGGUACAUUUUUGAAGAUUAUAAGUAAGGAAUUACAUAGAAGAAUUGGGAGAGUGUAACUUUCGUUUUGCACAGAUAAUCUACCUGUGGGAUAUGUCAAAGUUAGAAUCUUGCCUUCAUAGGAAAAAUUUCAAUUAAAAAAAAGGAAAGCAAGGAAAAUAAAAAAAACAGUUUCAGUUUUAGUACGGAAGUCUAAAAAGCUAACUUUUAGGCUUCUUCAGGGAAAAAUGUCUCUCGGAUGAAAUGUUUUCCUUUUGAAGUUUUCCUCUCUGAUGUGUGCUACAAAUGUGACUUGAGUAAUUGGAAUAAACAUCAGUUGCAUCGUUGCAUUACUUUCUGUAAUGUAUUUCUUGCCAAAUCUUUGUCCAGAAACCAAAGUUUCAAGGAAUGCAAAAACCGUACUAUUCCAUACGUAUUCAGUCAAAGACUGCCAGAACUAUUACUCUGGCCUAUUAUCAGCCACAGUAAUGUUCUCAUUUAGAGAAUUCAAUUCAAAACAAACUUAUUUCGGACAUUGUAUUUUAAGUAAUUCUCAAAUACCUUGACAUUUUUAUUUAUAGCAUCCUGUGCUAAUUUUUCAGGAAACCUAGAUAGAUAUUACAUUUUUGAUUCAGUGUGCCCAAAUGCCAUGUCCAGUACUGCUUUUUCAGAUUUAAACAAAAUUUAUGAAAAAUGUCAUAUUGAUGUACGUCAGCUUACUUUGUUACUGUGGUGAGACCCAUGGAUUGGGCUGUUUUGUGAAAGAAUUUUCACCUGGAAUCUUAAAAAAAACAGACGGAAAGAUUGCAACAUUUGUUGACAGAGAUACAUUCUCCUCAAUGUCAUAACUGAUCCUGGAUUCUGACAGACAAAAAAAUCAUGCUUUUGUAAAUAUGUACAGUUAAGCGAACAGUACGGUUAAUGAGACUUGAAUCUUGACUCAAAAUAACAAAAAUACAAAAACCAAAAACAAAAGAAAAAAAAAGAGAUUAACACCUUAUUUGUGUAAAUAGACACGACAAGAACGCUCAUGUCUAGCUGUUUAAUCCAAGUAAACUUGACGUUACGUACUGUGUGUAUUUUGUGCGUCCUAGGUAAAUAGAACAUACCAGGUCAGACGUUUUAAAAGGUUAUACAUAAUGAAUCUUUUUUGAUGCAGUGUACAUAUGUUUGUUUAUGAUAAACAUUCGUAGGAUCUUUUUCAAGGAAUUUGUGUAUACACGGUGCAUUGUGUCCUCUUCCUCACCCGAAGGUAAAUGGUGAUUUGGGAAAAAUUAAAAAGAAAUUACACUGUGUACUGAAAUUGGAAUGCAUUUUGUUGUCUUGGGGUAUGAUAACACUUAGAAUUAUGCAUUGUAAAUAAUUUUGGAGGUUUUUUUUUGUCUGCUAAGGGAACUACCGAAGGAGUAUUGUGAAAGUUCUGCUAAGGAUCAUGAUCUCUUUCCUUUAUUAUUUUUUCUUUAUGUACAAGAUAAUUUUUGCCAGUCCUGUAUGAUUUUUAAUUGGAGAAAAAUUGCAUACUCAAUGCAUGACAUAAAUGAAAAAUACAGCGGAACAUGAGUUCAAUUACAGUCAUCCUGGACGAGUAUACAUAAUGCCGAUAGAUGGAUUUUACAUACAAAGGCUCUCAACGGUUCAGCUUGGUAGAACUUUAUUUGUUAUCAACGUUAUUUUGUAACAUUUUGGUACAAAAACCUUUACAAGAAGACCUAGUUUCGUACUAUUUUUAUUUAGAACUUUGGGUACAGCACCGCUUUUAGAUAGAUAUAUUGGAAAGGGAAUUGAGGUAGUUGUUUAUGGUAUUCAUAAAACUUCGUCUCGUCAGUAAAAAAAAAUUAACAGAUAUUGUGAAAUUUAAAUUAAAUGACAAAAUCUUUAUAUUUAGGUUGUGUGGUGUAGAGUUUACCAUUAGGGCAACCAGAAAAAGCGAAAACUAUCUGCAAUAUUCAAGCUAGAAUGUACAAAUUCUCAUCUGUGGUUUUUUCCCAAUUGGUCCUAAAAAUUAUAACAUUAUAUUAUGAAAGAUAUUCUUCUCUGUGUAUAUACAGGUGAUUGUAUUAUUGUUCGAAAAUAGCAUCACAAAUUUAAUUUAUUGUUUGGAGUGAACACCAGUGUAUGAAAUACUAGUUGGAUUUUUUCGUGGAAUGCUUAAUAUGUUAGAUAUUGUAUGAUUUUCAUUUUAUGUUCGUUUUUAAUGGCUAUGUAAUUUUGGAGAUUCAAGUGGGUUUGAUUUUGUGCACUGCUCUUGGUACCGAUAACAGCCAGGACAACGGCUUCAUUCUGCUUUCGUUGGGACCUGUCAAAAUGUUGCGCACUUUCAUACUUUGUUUAUCCAACAUUCUACGUGGUGUUGCAUCCCACUCAAUGUGAGUGAUGUCACAUCUACAUUGCAUGGUUGCCACGUGUCUUAUUGCCACAUGCCUCGUGUACCGUGCGGUGCUCUUCAUCACCGCACUCUUCCAAUGGCAACAGCUCUAGUGUGCCAUUGCCAUACCCUGAUGCCGUGUCCUCAAGCAAGUCAUAUGUAAACCUUGCCGUGGCCACACCCUGCUACUGUUGCCACUUCAUAUCAACUCAACACCCCUACAAAUGCCACACCCUCGCCGAGAUAAAUCAUUUUUUCUAACGCCAUUCUUCAGGCUAUUCUAUUAGCCACACCCACUAUGCGCUAUUAACCUCCCAGUGGAUACAGGCCACACCCAGUGUGUCAGUGCCAUACCCCUCUAGGAAUGCCACACCCUUUUUAGUUUCUCAUCCUUACCGGGAACAUGCACUCGAUAUACCACUGCCACACAUAUCAUGUGCCACUAAUCCACCUCCUUCAUAAUGCCACACCCUCUGGAAGCUGCCACUACACCCCUCCUUACCCUCCACCUUAAAACUGUCAAAUUCGCUCUUCCCUUACCUCUGGUUGAAUGGUUAUAGUGACGUACCCGUUCAGGCCACUACGCUGAAGCUAGGAGACACACAGAUGUCGCAUUGUAGGUUUACGAUCAGUGUGUGUACAAGUCGUCUCAAAUCAAAUUAGGAAUCUAUCGUCAGCCAAUUCAGGUUAUCAUUGCAUAAGCCCAUUGUAUAUGUAAAUCACAAGUCUAUGGCAAAGUUGUGACAUGCCAGUCACAAGUUUUCGCAAGUUAUCGCAAGUCCAUCACUAAGCAACUAGCCAUCCCGUCUUAAUUUAAGUAACAAACCAUUGGGCCUAUUGUCUCAUCUCAGUUCAUCUCUUGUUACUUGUGACUGAACUGUGUGAUCGACAUCACUGCAACACUGCAAAAAUGCUCUCUUGGUGCACCAAGAAUGUUGGAGAUCUACUACGACCCCACCGAUAAAUCACACUUACAUAAUUAUAUCUGUCAAAAUGUCAGACUCCACUGUCUGUGGUUGCCAUCUGUUUUAAACUUUUCUGAAAUUUUGGAGCCUGCCUUUGCACUGACCACUCUCUGCGUGAGGUUGCUGUGCACCACUGACUGAAUUAGCUGCUUACAUUUAGGCCUAAGUACAUAAGUCUCCAAACUGCACGUUUUUACGUUUGACGAAGCGUCUUUCAUAAGAGUGGGGUACGUGUAGGUUAUUAUGUAUGUAGCUGGACUAGUUUGAACUUGUAUUCCUCUCCGGAUUUGUUUAUGCAAAUAUGAGAAACUGCGUUUCUUGUUUUUAAGUACUGUAAGAUGACAUGGUGUGCGAAAAUUGCAUUUUUGAUUUCUUGAGAUUUUAUUCAGAGUUUAAAUUUAAUCAUUUAAAUAAUAAUCCCUGCGUAAAUGUAGUUCACAUUUUUUUGCAAGACAUUGAAUACUAUUUUAAGCUACAUUAAAUUUCUUUGCAUAAUGUACUUUUGUGCUGAAUACACAUAUUACACUAACAAUGCGUUUAUGGAAAUUCUCUUUGUGUUAGGCUAAAGACAACAUAGUUUGAGAAAUCCACUGUGAUAAGUUUCAUUUAACUAUGGAAUUUUCAAUAUCUCGGAUUCGUCUCCAGUCCUCUGACGUUAGAGUUUCUGCUUAAUACUGGUCGCUAUUCUUCCUCAAGGGCGACAGCUCCUUAAGUUAUGAGUCGAGUCCGGUGUUCAGACUUUUCCGUUUGGGUAGAACGGUAAACUCUCUUAAUGUAUGUCUUCAGUCAGAGAUGGAGGCGUAGUGGAGACGAAGCCGAGGCUUGAAAAAAGGGCCUAAAGUAAUAUUAUAUGGAGUAUAUGGAGUGUAUGCUCAGAAUGAUUUCACAUAAAAGAAUUAAACAUGGUCGUCUUGGAAGUGACACGUACUCGGUUAUAACUAGACAUCUUUAAACUAUCACACUGCCCUUGGUGCCCGUGUGAAGUCCAUAGCUUACCGGAAAUGUUUGCGAAUGAGAAAAAAGCAUAAUGGUCAACCGAUGCUUCACCCUCAGAUUCUGUACAUUGAUUGGCCGAGAGCUAUUCACAUGGCAUUCACUAUCUGCUAUCUUGCUUUUCACGGCUACAAAAACUACACCGUAUUAUAGCAACCAAAGCUCUUACCGUUGGCAACCGCAUGCCUGCGUUAUGUGAAAUGCUUCUGUGCGCGUAUCGCGCAUUCAGAAGUACUACCUCUACAGAGCUGGAUUGGAACAUUUUGUGAUUACUAAAUAAGAAAAUGGUGGUGGGUUUUCAACAGAAUUAAUUUCUUGACGUGCUUUGUACGUGUAUUUAGAUCAAACCAAUUAGUAUUAUCGCUCAAGUCACGCAGAAUCUCUGGGAGAGGUGACAAAUAUUUUACUGUUUUAUCUGUUAUGUAACCUAGCGCCCCUCGGUAAUCCAUGGAGCAUUCCAGGUUCCCUCAGCUUCGCUUCGGGAUAAUAGAAUGCUCCAUGGAUGGGGGGGGGUACUGUACCACUCGAAGCAGUCAAUAUAUAAACGGACCAUCUUGAUAGCAUCACAUUUGGACAUAUUUUGUGUAAGGUUAUAGCUAGUAAUACAAACAUAAAUUUUUCAUGCCUGGAUGCACGGUUUUAAA